AUCUGUGAUAUGGCUACUGUUAGGACUUGUAUCUAGAUGCCCCCCCAACCUCAUGCUCUCAUCGGUGGAGAUUUUCAGAGGUGGCAGGGCCUAGGGUGUGUGAAUGUGUAUCAAGAGUGUGUGGGAACUGGAUCAGUUCAGAAUAGUUCUGUGUGUCUGAACGGAUUUACUGAAGACAGAAGCCCCAACCUGGCAUGGGUGGCACCAACCAAUAAGCUUGUAGCCUUCAUGGGAUAAAAGGGGAAAUGGAGGCUCCCUGCCGAAGUUUGCUGCCUUCUGCCUACCCUGCCAUGGACUGUUUCUCCUCAGGAUGCCCUCUGCCAUAUAGCCCUGCCACAGAGCCGGCAGACUGUGUGACGCCUCCACACCCUAUGAGCCAAAAUAAACCUCUCCUCCUGUAACUUGUGGACAUCAGUAUUUUGUCCCAGCAAUGAAAAAGUAAUGAAGACGUAUACCUUAUGCCAAUGACAAAACAUAGUGCCUAUUUCAUGGACCUCACCCUGUAAACCGAGAGACACAUGAAGGCAAAUGUAGUCAUCCUAAUUGUCUUAGUUUAACGAAAGUACCAAGGACUGGGUGACUCAUAAACAACACAAAUGGAUUUCUCAUUGUCGUAAAGAUUGGAAAUCUGAUAUCAGAGCAGCCACAUGGCCAAAUUCUGGUGAAGACCCUCUUCUAGAUUGCUGUUUUUUUACUGUAUCUGGCAAAGUAGAAAAAAGAUGAGAGAGUGAUCUGGUGGUGUCUUCAUAAGGACAUGAACUUGAUUCCUCCUAAGGGCUCAACCUCACACAUCUUUGCACACACACACACACACACACACACACACACGCCUGUUAGUACCUUCACACUCGGGUAGGUUUACAGCAUACGUAUUCUGGGGAGGCCCAUUCAGUAUAUGGCAUUAAUUUAACAUGGUAAGAGCUGCUGAAGCUAAGUGAUCUCCUCAGAAGAGCUGUUUGAUGUGAGUCUUGAAGAACAGGGAGAAGUUAUCCAGGCACACAAGGUUUGGAGAAGACACUGCAGGCCACAGCAGCAGCAUAUUCAAAGGCACCGAUAUGUACGUGCAGGAAGCUCCCUGUGGAGGCCAAGAGUCUAUGCAGGGCCCAAAUGUUGCCCAAGGCUGCAGACUUGACUUUAUGGACAUCAAGAAGUGGGUGGAGGGCAGGCGAGCUGACCUUGACAGUGUGACCUUUUCUCCUGUUGUCUCUCCUCUAAGGUCAGUUGCAGAACCAACAAGCAAAGCCACCACCUCGUGCUCUCCACUAAAGAAGUCUGCCCGUGAAAAUCUGCAUGCAAAGACCUAAGAAACUGUCUAGCUGUCUCUGUUUUAGAGAACUUUCUUUACUCCUUUUUCAAUCUUGGAGAUGUUGACGUGGCCUGAAAUGAUAGAGGAUUGGGAAAGUUUUCCUCAAAUCCAGUUAGAGGCAGUUUGGAUGUAGGGCUUCGUGUUCUCAGCUAAGUGUUAUGUCCCCGAGAUCCGUGCGGGGGAACCCUCAUUCCCCAGGCCGCAGGGCUGGGAGGCCUCAGGGUGGGGGUGCAGGGCAUGGGGAGCCCUCAUGAACAGGCCCAUGCCUUUCUCAGGGCAUGGGUUACUUUUAACUGCUUCGCUGAGGUACAGGAACGAAGGGAUGACCCAAAGGUGAAAAGGAAGCAGGGCACACAGACUGGGCGGUUCUCAGCCUGCCAUGUUGGAAGAGAACUCUCUGAGUGUGGCCAAGGGACUCUUGUUGAGAGAAUCAGCACAUGGGAACCCUGUGCUAGUCAUCAGGGCAGCAGGACAAAGGGCCCAAAGGUAUUUCAGGGUCUUCUGUGCUACUUGUCCUGUCCCAGGCAGAAUGGUCUGAGGACUCACCAGGGACACCCUCCGAGCCUCGGCACCCAGGGCCACUGCGGGACUCUGCUCCCUGUGCUCCUCUAGUCCACCUGUGGCCAGGGCGCUCAGCCACAGCCCUCCUGAGGAUGCAGGCAGUAAGACUUGCCGGUGUCCCUGUGUGCAGUAUGGGCCUGGAAAAAGCAACAGUCUCAGAGGUACACUGGCUUCCACUUAGGUUUCAAAGUCCGACUGCCUGAGAGCCCAGGAAAAAUCUUCCCCAAGGUCAGCCAACCUCAGAAACUGUCCAGCGGGACACCUAGUAGAACCUGGGAAGUGGGGCCACCUUGGGGACCCUAAAAACACAGCCCCAGAGGCACUGUGCGGCUUGACCCUGGAAAAGCGGUAGGCACCAGUGUGAAACUCUGACCCAGGAGCCCUUGCUGAGCCCAGUGAAGCCAGGAGGCUGUGUCUAUGCAGGGGACCCAGCCCCACAAGCACCCUGUUCAAGCACAGGUACAGACUGGUGUUGAGGCCCAAGAUGGAGUCGGGUUGGCUAUCACACUACCUGGCUUCGAGCAUCCUUAUUAUUAGGUCCAAAUGCCUUCCCUGCUGCAGCCAGAGUAAUCUCUUUGAAACGCCACUCUGAGAGAGCCACUUGGAUGCUUAAAACCCUUCAUCCACUCGGCCCUCCUUGCAGCGGGAAGGGUCCGACUGCCUCUCCUGUGGCUCACAUCGGCCCCCCUUUCCCUCCCCUCUUGUCAGACCGAUUUACUUUGAGUUUCUUCAAUGCACUGUGUUCCUUUCCAGCCCCCGUGCAGUGCAGCUGCUCACCUGUCUGAAAUUCUUCUCCCUGGGUCUCCCGGAGCCCCCGUGGUUACUGUGACAGCCUGGAGCGCAGUCCUUGCACAGAAAGAAACCUGACUCUGACUCCCAUCUCCCUGUUUAUACUCUGUCUUCAUUUAAAUCCCCUCGUACAGCACAGGGAUUUGACUCAUGUUUGUCUUGCUUGCUGUCUCAUCAGUAGGUGCGGGGCUGCAUUUAUCCUGCCACUUCACCUGGAAAGCUCGGUGGGAUUCCUGGAUGAAAAUGGAACCAUUAUUCUUCAAUUCCCUCUGCCUACGUCAGUGUCUCCAACCUGCAGCCAACCCAGUUGGUAUAAGUAGCCAGGAGUCAUUCAGCAGAGGUCAGCAAGGCGACCUACAAGGGCUGAAGUCACACUCCGAGCCUGAUCCCUGCUGUCACCCACGUGUGACACACUAUGUCUCGGGUGCCCUUCCUGCUGCUGUGUAUGGCCCUGCUGCUCCCUGGGCAGGUGCAUGGAGCCACGCUGAGAAAGAGUGACUCGUGGAAGCCACUCAGCAACCCCCAGAACCAUGAUCUGUUUUUCAGGAUCCUUCAGGCAUAUUUUAAGGGCAGAGGUAUUGAUGUUGAUUUUAAGAAAUUUCCCAAUAAUUUUACCAUAAAUGAGAAUCCCAAGCCUCUCUCCUACCAGUUAGAGAAUUUCACAUCUGCAUUUGCAGACUACAAAGAACGGAAAACCUUCGUUCCCAGUGACCUCAGCAGCUAACUCUUUCUUCUGAGCUCAGGUGUCUGGCCUCUGUAAAGCUACAGAAGUUGCUCAUUAGAAAAAUUCGACUGUGAUUGUGCCUAAACCUCUGUAUUUUCCCUCUCCACGGUUGUGCAUUUGUAGUAAUUUCAUUCUGUAUUUCCAGAUCUACAUAUAAAAAG